AUGGCUCAGAAGACAGAGACGACUCGCGCCUUAGCUGGCGUCUCCUAUCUCUUGACCUAUCACUCGCGGCGCUACCCUCAAUCAAUGGGGAUAUUUGAGUUCUUGGUGACGGCUCGCCCUUCGCACGACAUUCUCGAGCAAAUGCCUCUCGCCUCCGCCGCGGGUUUUGUCGUUCUUAGGAAUUAUCUGUCCAUAACGCGUCGAUGGUAUGCGGAGAUGAACAAGCCGCCGCGGGUGACCUCUGAGCUCUCCCUCCUCUUUGACGAGCGCGGCGGGUUGCUCGACGAAUACAUCACGAAUCCCUAUAUGCGCGGUACUGGUAUCUGGGGCCAUGAGCUUAGUGAAGGGAACAUAAUACUUCUGACUAAGCUUACUGUCGAGGAAUCCCGUCACGGUGAAGGAAUUGCCAGCUCGCUGCUGCAAUUGAUUCUCUCUGAGCCAGGCAUAUUGCGUGCUGCGCUCGACACUCGGGAGGCCGGGAGUCAUCAUCCGGCUACGUGCGCUUUUGCGAUAGCUCAGUCCUGCGCCUUUGAAACCCCAGGCACCUCACCCAUCGGCAUCUUACACGGCGUUGGGUUCAGGCGAGUAGGCUGCAGCGCCUUCUUCGCUAGAGCUUUGCAAGACUCCCGUCACCCCUCGCUGUCGCUCCCGGCACACUGCGACGCUGGCGAAUUUUCUAACCCAGAAACGGCCGUCGUGCCAGUUCCAGACCUGACGGAUUUUCUGCGCAGAUUGUUGCAGCCUGGGUGGUCUGAGCAUCAACAGGCACUCCCCAUACAUUCGAUGAUAGCGUCGCGGGACAUAUCCGAACAGCAGAUUGUUGGCGCUCUUUCCAGGCUCAGCUCUCCCACCGAGCUGGCGCACAUCUGCUUUCCGGAUCCCGCUGUCUUGAACGCGACACCAUUACACCUCGCUGCCGCACGAUCUCAGGCAGCUGUCGUAGAGACGCUCUUGCUAACAGCCGCUCGAGGCAAUGUCUUCACUGCCACGGCGCAGGGACGUCUGCCUCUCGACUGCCUUCGACGCACCAUGCGGCUGGAGAAGGCCUCCAAGCUUAGCACCGGGGCAGAGACAUGGUCGGGACAUUCUCUUUCGGCCAUACAGACUCAGGCCGCUCUCCUGACCGCCAUGGGGCGACCUGUUCCUAAUGAAGACGUCGCUGCGUGGGGUUGUAGCUGUGGCCGAUGCAUCGAAGGAUGGUUCUCCCCUGUCAUGCGUUAUAAAAUAUGUGUGAACGCAGAGAUCGCUGCUAGAACAAUUCGCCUAGAGCUGGUCGCCACGUACGCUGAAAGCGUGUCACGUAGUUCCGAGCUCUAUAAGUCAAGAGACGUGGACAAUAUGGCAUUCAUGAGGUUCAUUCCUGAGCCCAUUCGCGAGUCUGGGGUUCGCGCAGCGUUCAUCAGCGGAUAUGCCGCCGUGUUUGAGGCUAUCGCAACUGUCAUCCGGCACGAGAAGAUACCCAGGGUGGAGGCGAUCGUCAAUCACAUUCACCACGGCGAUGAUCGCAAGUCCGAAGCGGUGCGGUUCUUCUUGGCUCACGGAGGGCGCGUCGAGCAUAGUUUGGAAGGUCUUGCGCAAAUGGCGAUGGACGAGGGGUUUCGAUGGGAUGCAGAGCGUCCGUAUAAAGGCUUUCGGGACGAAGUUAAGAGCCAAGCGACUUGCCAAAACGACGAAGAUUACGGUCUCCUCCAGGCGAAACUCAGCGUUCCAGCGAACUUGGACGAGUUUCUGACGUUCACUUGGAGGGGCGACUUCCUGCACAUCUGGGUUAAGAAUGACUUUGGGGAGCGAUGGCUCGCGGUGAUUGACGCUGUAAUCAUCAUCGAGGUCAACGGUGUUGAGACUAAAGCUAUCGACUCCAUCCCUCUCUGGUCGGUCGGACAUCUAUACGAUGCUAUCGCAGACGGGAAGGUGCAGAACGCUGACAUGCUCAAGCCGCAACUGAAAGGCAUGCCGCGCGACUGGUGGUUUGUCGCAGCUAAUCAUACCGACGUCGUAUACACCGACGACCAGCUCAUCAGCGGCGUCACACAUGAAGAUCUAAACCAACUCGGAUACAUCGACCCGGAAUUCUACUUGCUCAUCGAAGAUGUCGAAGGGACGAACAAGAACGAUCCCCAACGCGCCCGCGAGUUUACCUUGGCCUCUCGGUUGGACAUAUCGCCUAUUCUGGCCUUCUAA